CGGUGACGUCAUAUCGGCCCCGGGUUCUUCUUCGAAAAUGGCGGACGGUGGUGGUUCCGCUCCCGAUUUGGAGACUCAGCGCACGGAGAUCGCAAAUUUAUUCAAGAAAGCGCUGAAGAAAGACGACCUGUGGUACAUGGUUGACAAAAAAUGGUUCAACCAGUGGAAAAGGUACGUCGGCUACGACUCGUGGGACACGUCCAACGAAAUCGGCGAGCAGACCACGCACCCGGGGCCGAUUGACAAUUCGCCGCUGCUUAGAGAGGACAACAGUGGGGAGAUCAGGGACCACCUGAUCGAGGACCUGGACUACCUGCUCGUUCCCCAGGAGGCGUGGGACAAGAUGAUCGCCUGGUAUGGCCUCACCCAGGACCAAUCACCUCUGCCGCGCAAGGUUAUUGAGAUCGGCCUGUUCGUCAAAAACUGCAAGGUGGAAGUGUAUCCCAUGGAGUUGAAACUUUGCACACACUCGAACUCUGAUCAGUUUGUCAUACGGAGGUUCAGCAAGGUCGACACCAUAGCCCAGGUGGAGAAGGACAUGCGCGCCAUCUUCAAGGUGGAAACCGAGAAGGAGACCAGGGUGUGGAGCCGCUGCAGCAGCAACACAUACGAGCAUUUGUCCGAUCGGUCACGCACCAUACAAGACAUAGGGCUCUACCCCAGUCAGAUUCUCCUUCUUGAGGAACGAAACGACGAUGGAUCAUGGCCAAGGCAAGUGAAAAGCAGCAAGGCUCCUUACACAAACAGCAGAGGAUCGGAACACAAGACAUAUGGGGCACCAGGCAACACAAUAGCAACUAGGAGCUACAGCGCUGUGAGUAGCUCGUACAACAGCUACAGUGGCAACUACAACUACGAUCUCCAAGGGGGCAACACGCCAGGCCUCUGUGGGCUUGGUAACAUCGGCAACACCUGCUUCAUGAACUCCGCCCUGCAGUGCAUGAGCAACACACCACCACUCACCGAGUACUUCAUGACGGACCGAUACCUGUCGGAGCUGAAUGACAGCAACCCGCUGGGCAUGCGGGGCGAGAUCGCAAAGUCCUACGCCGACCUUGUCAAGGUCAUGUGGUCCGGGAACUGCUCCAGUGUCAUACCCAGACCAUUCAAGAUGGCAGUGGGCCGCUUCGCACCCCAAUUCUCUGGCUUCCAGCAGCAAGACUGCCAGGAGCUCAUGGCCUUUCUCCUGGAUGGCCUACACGAGGACCUCAACAGGGUCAUAAACAAACCCUACAUUGAGCUCAAGGACAGUGACGGGCGGCCCGAUGAGGUGGUGGCGCAAGAGGCCUGGCACAACUAUCUGCUGCGUAACAAUUCCAUCAUCGUCGACAUCUUCCACGGUUUGCUCAAGUCGACGCUUGUGUGCCCGGACUGCCACAAGCUCUCCGUGACCUUUGACCCCUUCUGCUACCUGUCUUUGCCCCUGCCUUACAAGAAGGAAAAGCCCCUCGAGGUGAUUGUCGUCCGGGCGGACCCCCACGAAAAGCCAAUCAAAGUGAAGGUGACUGUGUCAAAGAUGAGCACCAUCCAGGAUGUGUGCAACUCCAUAUCCCGGUUGAUGGACAUCCCCACCGACAGGCUGGUGGUAACCGAGGUCCACAACCACCGCUUCCUCCGGGUGCUCACACACGCCGACCAGGUGGACACACUUGAACGGAGCGACGCCUGCGACGUCUUCGUGUACGAGAUGCCACCUUCGUCGGACAACUCCACGUUGUUCCUGCCCGUCUACAUGCGGGAAAAAACCCCACAGAGUGCCACAAACAGCCGGGCAGUGCCUACCUGCCACCUGUUCGGCUAUCCUUUCUUCGUCUCCGUGCCUGCGAAAGACUGCACCUAUGACAUGCUGUACGAGCGCAUACUCAACUGCCUCGUGAGGUACGUGACCCCUCCUAAGCCAGGAGACGACUGGUGCGGCAGCGAGAGCAUGGAGGAACAGAACGGAGAGCCUUCUUCCAAACGACGUCAAAAAAUUGAGACUCCACCGAAGAAGAGGGCGGUCCCCAAGCUUCACAACGGCCAGGACGAGCUGUUUGCAGACACGGAUGAAGAGAUGCCCCCUGAGACAUCGCCCGAGCCACCACCCAAGGAGAGCCAGAGCAAGCGGCGGCGCCUAUUCACGCUACACUGUAUCAAUGAGAACAGCUCGCUCAACCUCGCCUCCCUGGUGGACAAUGGCCAGCCUUUGAAGCUGGCGCCUCGCACAUACUUGGGGGCUGACUGGCUGCCCAGAGUUCGUGCACAGUACUUUGAUGAGGCAAAAGCGGACGACGUGCUGAUCCACGAGUCUGUGCACCAGCGAGCGGUGAAACGACAGCUACAGCUGCGCGAGUGCCUGGAGCUGUUCACGACAACCGAGAAGCUGGGUGCUGAGGACCCCUGGUACUGCCCCACAUGCCGCAGCCACAAGCAGGCCACCAAGAAGUUUGACCUGUGGAGCCUGCCCCGAGUGCUCAUCAUACACCUCAAGCGCUUCUCCUACAACAGGUUCUGGCGCGACAAGAUCGACACCCACGUUGACUUCCCCGUCACUGAUCUCUGCAUGGAUGACUACAUCAUCAACAGAAAGCACGAGCGAGCAGUCUAUGACCUGAUAGCUGUCGCUAACCACUACGGUGGCCUGGGAGCUGGUCACUACACUGCUUAUGCCAAGAACAAGGAGACUCAUAAGUGGUACCACUUUGACGAUUCGAGCGUUUCCUCGGCCACGGAGGACAAUGUUGUGUCAAAGGCCGCCUACGUGCUCUUCUACAUGCGGCGAGACUCUGGAGAUCGAACGUCACCCAGGAAACGCAGCCCAGCGGCAGCGGCGUCUACCAGGCAGAGCGGUUCUGCGGCGGCUGACGAAGAGCGGAUGGACCUCAGCUAGGGCACCGCCAGGACGCGAGUGACAGCCAUGCCUCGGAAGCGGCCCCGGCAGUGUUGACGCACGCGUCGUGUGAAAAGACCGUAAGGUGAUGCGCCACGGACGAAACUGUUUCCGCUGCCUCCGCCACUGAGCACGGCGAGGCUCUGAGGGGGCUGGGGUCGACGAAACAUAGAACCGAGGACAAUGCGUGUGGGGCCCCGGACAAGCAUGCGGAUCCUGGGGGAGCGCAUACUGCGGCUGUGCCUGCAAGCCGUCCCAACCGAGGAGAGAGGAGGUUUUGCCUUGACACGGCUAAUGUCCACUACGGGGACCGGCUUAGCUUUCGUCGUAUCCUAAUUAUUGCUGCAGCACUUCUCCCCUCCGAGCUGUUUGUCUAACUUUUUUUUUCUUCGAUCGUUGCUUUGUAGCUCUUCUAAUCGGAGCUCACUCGAGCUGAAAAGCAGUGUGCAUGCCUCGCACCUUUCUUCUUCAGAAAUCUUCCCAGUAUGCCACCUCUGUGAUGUGUUGUCGGGGCUGCCGCUGCAGAGCACAGGUUAUUGUAAACUGUAGUUCUUAAUAAGUUUCACAUGCUAGGUUAUUGAUAGUAAUUUUUUUAAGCGUCAGGGAUACAGUAGAACCUCGUUGAUACGUUCUCGAAAAAGAAGAAAAAAAACGCGAAUGACAAACGUACGAUCCGGUAAAACGUACUAUCUAGGGCAACCGGGCAUUUGAAGAAAGCGUGGAAGGGAUGAUUGAGUAUAGUUCGAAAUAUAUGCGGGGUAUGAAAAGCGCAGCAAAUAAAGCACUGUCGCCGCGCAGCGGCACUCGGCCUUUUGGCGCUUCACCGGUACGCGAGUGCAGUUUUUCCCAUGCCUGAAUAUGCCACAUAUAUAGUUUCUGCGAUUUGGAGUGUAGGAGCAGGGAAAUUGUAUUAAGCAGAAACGUCAGUGAGGUUCUACUGUAAUUAUUUUUGCCACUUACAUCAGCAGAAGUGCCACUGCUUCUGUGCGCUAUGCGUUUCUGAAGUUAUCGUCUCUUUUUUUUUUUUUUUUUCAGUUUCCAUGAGAAAACUUGCAGGUAGUUGGUCAAAUUCUCAUGACAGGUUAGCGCUUCUAUCUACAAAAGCUAUUGAAUUACGAUGAAGGAAAAAAAUAAGAAGCCUAGAUUGGGAUGACUCGUACAGAGCUAUUUUUUGCACUAGUGGGACUUGCUCAGUGAUCGGUGGCGGUCCGGUGAUUUUAAAAAUUGGCCAGCUGUGGCAGCAAGCAAGAGAGUGAGGUGCAGAUGUGUAAGUGCGUGUGCGAAGUAAUUAUAAGUGGAUUGUGCACAUCUAGAACCUAGACGUUGCAAACUCCGCUUUAUAGAUUGGGAGCCUUCUAAAAAUUUUGGUGCAUUCUUGUGAUAGGAAUGUUGUCCCGCUAGCACAAUGUGCGGGACACCGUUCGUGAGCUUUCCCUCUGUCGCGAUAUUAUUUUGACAGAAUGCACAGAAUUAUUUUGUUGUGGGUGUGGUGGCAGUGUGCGUGAGGCGACUGGUUUUUGUAAAGUGAGGUGAUCUCGUGUGAGUUUUAUAUAAGCCAGCUACCGAAGGAUGUCGUUUGCUUUCCAGAUUCUCAAAGAAAAAUGUGACGCUUCUAAGCCAAGCUGAUCGACGUAGUCUCGAGUCUCAAUCGGCAUUCUGUGCCGUUACGCGUCUAUAACGGUGUGUUUUCGUUGAAAAUCUUUUUUACGGUUAUUCUCGCUUCGAUGAGCAAUGUAAUUUAUUUUGUUACGGUGAUUUUGAUCAAGUGCUGAACAAUGUGUGAUGGCUUCCAGGCUUUUGUGUCCUCUUUUGUACAUGUUUUCUUGUUUAGUUUUGUAAAUUUGAAUACCCCCUUCCUCCCCCUUUUUUCCCCCUUCUCAUUCCCAAAGACAGAGGCUGCAAGUGACAGCAUGUUACCAGAGUUUCUGGAAGUUCUCGCCGUGAAUUUCGACAGCGGAGCUAAAUAUUCGAAUUCUAGAAUGUGAUGCUGUCAUUUUUACAUGGAAAAAUAAAGAACCUUGCGAACAUGA